AACUUGCAGUUAUUAAACCAUCUAGUUAUUAUUAAAAGUUAUGUAGCCUAACCACAAAAAUUGUUAAUUCGUGUAAAUUUAGAUUGGGUAAGGAUCAGAAUGGAAAGCAAGGAAUUAACUCUGGGUAUGUCUGACUUGGCUGAUAUCCUGGAAGCCUUAAGAGAGCACGAGUUCCUUUUAACAAAAUGGGAAUUGCUUGGCAUUCAGUUGGGCGUUCAUUUCAACAAGUUGAAAGUCAUUGAAGCAGAGCACCGGGAUAUGGAGCAGUGCUUGUGUGAAAUGCUCACUGUAUGGUUGAGAUUGGACUAUGAUUAUAAAGACAAAGGGAGACCUUCUUGGCAAGGACUCAUAAACGCACUGAGAUGCAUUAAGCAGAUUAACACUGCUGAAAAGAUUGCUAAAGAAAAAUGUCUAAAUUAUGAAUAGUUUUGUCUGUCCUUUAUGAAAUGUAUAUGACGUAGAUAUAUCAUUUUAUAAUAUUUCAGUUA